CGCUCCUGCCCCGUCCCUCCCCCGGGCGGAGGCUCCUCGGGAGGACUUUGAAUGCUGCGGCUCCCCAGGGCAGUGCCCCCCGCUGCGGGGAGGGGGGGCCCCAUCCUCCUGCCCCCCCCUCCGCAUCACCAGCACCGGCAGCACCCGGAGGAGGUCGUGUCCGUGAUGGGCUCCUCCGGGCGGGGGGGGCCCAGCCUGCGCACCCCGCCGUUACCCGCCGCCUGCUUCCCGCAGCUCUACACCCAUGUCAGCGGCCCCGCUCCUCGGGGGCGGGCUCUUUAUGGCACCCCCCAGAGCCCCCAGCUCAGGACCCUGCGCUCGGCUUCAGCGGGACGGCUGCAGGCCAAGAGGAAGCUGGACCUGGAGGGCCCCGGAUUCCGCACGCCCAAAGGGAAGGGCAGGACCUUGGCACAGGUCCCCAGCCCCAGGACCCCCAAGUCUCCCGGGGAGAGAACGCGCUACGACACCUCCCUGGGGCUGCUCACCAAGAAGUUCAUCCGCCUCCUGCACGAGUCUCCCGACGGCGUCGUGGACCUCAACCGAGCGGCCGAGGUGCUGGGGGUGCAGAAGCGCCGCAUCUACGACAUCACCAACGUGCUGGAGGGCAUCCAGCUCAUCCGCAAGAAGUCCAAGAACCACAUCCAGUGGAUGGGCACGGGGAUCUUUGAGGACACGGCGGUGAUGCUGAAGCAGCAGGCGCUGCGGGGGGAGCUGGCCGAGCUGGCCAGGAUGGAGAGGAGCCUGGACCAGGUCCUGCAGGACUGCGACCUGCAGCUCCGGCAGCUGACUGACAACGAAGCCAACCAGAGGCUGGCCUAUGUCACCUACCAGGACCUCCGUGCCAUCAGCAGCUUCCAGGAGCAGACGGUGAUCGCCGUGAAGGCUCCUCCGGAGACACAACUGGAGGUGCCGGACUUCAGUGAGGAUAACUUCCAGCUCCACCUGAAGAGCACCACCAGCCCCAUUGAGGUGUACCUCUGCCCAGAGGAGAUCCCUGAGGACAGCCCCACCAAGGACCACAGCAUCCCCUCCACUGCUGCCUCCCCAUGGCACCACAGCAGCCCCCUUUCCCUGCCAAACAGCCCUGGGCCAGCCCCACCGCCCCCCAGCUCCAUCCCUCAGAGCUGGGGGGGGCCAGGAACCCCCUCCUCACCCCCAUCUCUCCCUCUCUGUGUGCCGGGGGGGCCCGGCUCGCUGCUGGAGGUGGAAGCUGGGCUCCUGGGCUCCCCCCAUCACCUCCUGCAGCAGACCGAGGACCAGCUGCCCUGCGCCUCCUCCAGCCUGGACUCGGGGCCCUUUGGCACCUUCUCGCCCCCCCUGGGGCAGGACGAUUACCUCUGGGGGCUGGAGGGUGAGGGCGUCAGCGACCUCUUCGAGGCGUACGACCUGGGGGAGCUGCUGCAGCACUGAGCACCGGGGG